AUGAAUAUUAUCAAGAAAUUCAUGCAGUUGGGGGAGAAACAGGAGAUAUCAAUGAUCCCAUCCGGGGAGUUCAAUUUGUUGAGAUCCAGAAAGUCUCCCAAGUCAUCCCUAGAGUGUAUCUAUAACGAUGCAAUGCUGAGAAUUAGGAAGAAUGGUGAUUGGAAUUUUGAACUAGUUGUUAACAAGAUUGUUGAAGUUGGCGACAACAACAAUGGCGACGAUUCAAGUGAUUACACGGAUGAUUCUGUCAGUGUAUUGUCUGUUGCAAGCAAAAGAAGAGAAGAAGAAUGGAACUUUGAAUUGAAAAAGGACUUGAACUUUAGUAAAGAAUGGAAUAAGAAUGGAGAUGCAGCGUUUGUUUGGGGGAAUACUUUAGGCGAUGAGGAAGUAGAGAAAGUUCAAUUUGUUAUCACACCACAACUCAGUUUAACAGAAAUUGAAAACUUCUUGCUGACUGUAUACAGGUGCAUGUAUGAGGCUGAACACAAGAAAUCUGCAUCACAUGUUUCUAGAGAACAGCUAUAUAAAUACAGACCUGAGCCUCCAAAGGAACUAUUUGUCACCGAAUCAGACUCUUAUGACGAGGAGAAUUUAGGUGUAUCAUUAUCAGAGGUAAAUCCUUCACAAGAUAAUACAUCAGAUAAUGACGAUCUAUUUGUUGAUGCCCCAGACAACUUGGAUUCUAAAGCCAAGGGCAAGAAAAUAAAAACACCAAAGAAAGAUAAAACUAAGGCUUCAUCGAGUUCUUCUGAAGAACAUAAGGAGAAUAAUAAAGGAGUAGAAGGCGAAAAGCUAUGCCUACUUAAUGCAAAGGUGUUUGUGUAUGAUCCUUUUGAGGAGAAGUUUAUGAUACAAGAAGAAAAUGUCCCAAUUGCUCUAGUACAGUCUGGGAAAUAUGAAUUCUGGUUGAGCAUGGAAGGUAAGGAUGUUGAUUUUGGUUUAGCGGUGUCACCUCAAGCCAAUCCUUCUUUCACGCUAAGUAAUAACAGUUUUACAUUCAAUUACACUGUGAGCAGGAUAACAUUAUCUUAUAAGAUUGAAUUCAAUGACUUCAAGGACUUUACAAUUUUUGAAAACUGUUGGUCUAAGUGCAUAUGGAUGGCAUUAAACAAGAAAGACUGGGAAGAACUGCCUAAAAACGAACAGAAAUAUAUCGAAGAUAGUAUAAUAGCUGACUUAGAGAGGGAUCUGGACACAAUAUUAAAACUAGAUGAUGAGGAAGAAGAGAGUGAGGAUGAAGAGGACAACGAAUACUCUAAGAGUGUUGUUAGCUCUGAAGCUUUUGAGGACCCCAACAGUGGAUCAAACAAAUCAAAUUCAUCAAAGGGUAAUAGCUCAUUAACCGUUGCCUUUCGGGGUAAUAGGUCUUAUGUGGUCAGAGAUGAUAAGAUAGGCGUAUUUAAGGUAGAUGAUGAUGAUGAUCUGGAAUUUGUAUCUGCUAUUAAAAAUAUAAGCGAUAAGAACAAAAAAAUACUGGAUCCUAAGGAUCCGAUGAUGUAUAUGGAGGAUCGGUUUAUGGUACUAUCUGACAGCAAAAAUGGCGAUAAGCUAUACAAAAUGGACAUAGAGAGGGGAAAGAUUGUUGAUGAAUGGGAAUUCAAGGAUAAAAAUGUGGUUCAAUAUGCUCCUACGAAAAAAUUUGAUCAAUUAGUUGCUGAACAAACUUUGCUAGGUAUAUCUGAUAAGAGUGUAUUCAAGAUCGAUCCAAGGAUUAACACUAAGAAUAAAAUUGUACAGGACGAAAGUAAAGAUUACGCAAGUAAAUACAAUUUCAGUUCGCUGGCUACAACAAAAGAUGGUUAUGUAGCUGUUGGAUCAAAACGUGGUGACAUAAGAUUAUAUGAUCGCCUUGGUAUCAGAGCAAAAACACUAAUACCAUCACUAGGGCAAGCAAUCAAGUACAUCACUGUUUCUGGUGACGGAAGAUGGCUACUGGCGACUUGUGAUGCAUCUUUGUUGUUGAUGGAUUUAUCAAUCAAAUCGGGCAAGAAUGCUGGAAAUAUUAGUUUCUUAAAGUCUACUCCAGCUAGUGAAAACAACAAGACUUAUAUCUUGCAAAUCAGUCCAGAGCAUGCUACUCACAUUCUCAACUACACAAAGAAACCUCUAUGCUUCACUAAGGCAUACUUUAAUACUGGUAUAAAUCAAAAGGAAGACAGAAUUCUUACAUCCAAUGGUCCUUUCGCCAUCUCAUGGUCUAUGAAAAAAGUGUUGGCUGGAGAUGAGAAGCCAUACAAAUUGGACUGGUACGAUUCUACAGUCAUUGAGAAUAACUUCGAAUAUAACAACAAGCAAAAUGUUAUUGUAGCAUUAAAGAAUGAUGUGUCACUAUCCAAGAUAAAACACUUCAAAAAUGUGAAUAAGUCUAUAUUCAAAAAUGAACCAAAAUAA